GGAAAUUUUUUCGCUUGAUUUUCAGCUGGUUACAACCAGUUAUGGCUGGUACAAUCCUGGUCAUAUAUUGCACCACAAUCUCCUCCAUUCAGAGACGAAACUUGAAGCAGGUAGGCUGCUGAUUUUGUAAAUAAGAAUUUUGUUUCAUAAAGAUAAAGGGCAUGGCUACACCGACAGUUCCCAAAUUUAAGCUGAUCGUAGUGGGUGAUGGUGGCGUUGGAAAAACAACUUUUGUGAAACGCCAUUUGACUGGAGAAUUUGAAAAGAAGUAUAUAGCUACUAUCGGUGCUGAGGUACAUCCAAUGAAGUUUUACACGACCCGCGGUGAAAUUCAGUUUGAUGUGUGGGAUACUGCAGGGCAGGAGAAAUAUGGACGUCUGAGAGAUGGAUAUUACAUACAAGGGCAAUGUGCUAUCAUCAUGUUUGAUGUAACAUCCCGCAUCACCUAUCGAAAUGUCCCAGACUGGUAUCGGGACCUGUCACGAGUUUGUGUAAAUGUUCCCAUGGUUCUCUGUGGUAACAAAGUGGAUGUCAAGGACCGCAAAGUUCCCGCAAAGCUCAUCAGAUUUCACAGAAAACAUAACCUACAGUACUAUGACCUGAGUGCCAAGAGCAACUACAACUACGAGAAACCAUUUUUGUGGUUGGCACGGCAACUUGUUGGCGACCCCCAGCUUCAGUUUGCUGCCGGUUGUUGUGGCUUGUUACCACCAAUGGUUGUCAUUGACAAAGAUAGAAUCGCCCAACUUGAGAAGGAGAUGGACGAGGCCAAAAACAUCUCCUUGCCAGACGACGAUGAUGACUUUUAAUUUCUGUCGAGGUGCAGCAGUGCUGAAUGUUAACUUUCGAUGGAGCUAGCCCUGCUCAUGUCAGUCAACGAGCUAGAAAAGUAAAACCUUUUAGGUGAUGACGGCUUUACAUUUGCCAUUAUUCAUUUCAUCGAUUUACACAGCAAGAAGUUGGAAGGGGAAAGACUGCAAUCUCAUAUUGAAGUGCUUACUGCUUCUAGAAAAAGAAAUAACCUUUGGUUUCUGGUCAGAGAAUACUGAGAAAGUGUAAUUACCUCAGAUGAAUCGUAGCAGUGUCAAACACAGAAGCUGAUUAUAUUUCAGAGCUGUUUUUCUUCUGCCGUGGCCAUUCCGGAUUAUUCAUCACUUGCAGAAUCAAAAUGGAUGAAAAACUUGUUUUUUUUGUGAUGUUACGAAAUGUCUGAUAAAAAAUCUCUGGUCUCUUUAAUGUCAACAGUUUAACUAUGAUUAACCUGAGUUUAUAAAACAUAACAUUUUUAUCUGUUAUCUAACAUUUUAAACCUCUGAAUAUAUAUCAAUAUUUUCUGCAUUGUACAAUGUUAAAUACAUAUUCAUGUACUAAUAAAUGUAGUUUGUC